AUCACUUGUGUAGCAGAUGCUCCGGUUCUUACCGCGUUUUCGUAAGAAUUUAGAAAACACAGCGUUUAAUUGUAGUUAAUAACUAAAGUAAACUUUUGUGAAAAGGAAAACUAUCAAUAAUGACUGGAGGCACUCCACCGAAGCGGUCGCCCUUAUGGAUCGGCACACACAACGGCACUUUUCACUGCGAUGAGGUGGUGGCAUGCUUCAUGCUUAAGCAGUUGGAGGAGUUUCAAAACGCUGAGAUCUAUCGGAGUCGAGAUGACAAGGCAUUGAGGGAAAAAUGUGACAUCAUAGUAGAUGUCGGUGGUGUCUAUGAUCCUGCCAAGAAAUGGUUCGAUCAUCACCAGCAAACGUUUAAGGAAACAUUUAAGUCCGUUCGCCCGGAGGUGAGCGAUGAUUUUAACGUAAUAAGGCUGAGCAGCGCCGGCUUGGUUUACAGCCACUACGGCGAGCGUGUAAUUCAAAACAUACUGAAACGGGAAAAGGGCAUCCAACUCUCGCCUGAAAACUUACAACGGGCUUUCGUCCAGAUCUACAGGAAUUUUAUCAGCGAGCUGGAUGCCAUCGAUAACGGAGUGCCCAUGUUUGAGGGCGGCGAGCCUGUGUACAAAAUUUCUACCCAUCUGUCUGCCCGCAUUGGGAAACUGAAUCCGUCCUGGCAGGAAACUGGCGUAGACAUCGAGGAACGAUUCCGGCAGGCAAUGGAAUCAGCUGGCCGAGAGUUUGUGGACAACGUUGUAGAGGUGGCUUGCUCCUGGAUAACGGCCAGAGAUCACGUUCGAGAGGCGCUUUUACAGGCGAAAUCCAUUUAUCCCUCCGGCGAGAUUCUUCUACUGAAGACCUUCUGCCCCUGGAAGGCUCACCUGGCGGAUCUGGAGAAGGAAUACGAUGUGGAAGGUGUUCCCAAGCUAGUCAUUUUUAACGACGGCAAUAGCUGGCGCGUGGCCGGAGUCCCAGUAACGCCUAGCAGCUUUCUGGGUCGCAAGUUCCUACCCACGCCGUGGAGAGGAUUGAGAGACGAAGAACUGAGCCAAAAGGCGGGCAUCAAUGACCUUAUAUUUGUGCACCACAACGGGUUCAUUGGCGGAGCCAAAACCGAGGAAGCUGCUAUGUUGCUGGCCAAGAAAGCCGUUGAGUGGCCGGUCGAUCAAUAAUUCAUCCAUCGGACAUUUAAAAAUGCAUAAACAUAAAAACUAUUAAAUCAGAUGUUGUACCUAAACAAA